AAUGGUGACUGAUGUGCAGCUGGCCAUAUUCGCCAACAUGCUGGGGGUGUCGCUCUUCCUGCUGGUGGUUUUGUAUCAUUACGUGGCUGUUAACAACCCAAAGAAGCUGGAAUGAUUUCUGCCCUACGGAGAGAUGACAGGUUGUGUACAGGGACCAGAGAGUGAGGAAGAGACGAUGAUCCAGCCUGUAAAUGUUCGCUUUGUAUGAAAUGAUGUUAAUAAACAUGUAAACG